UGCACGUUCGAGUCGCAGGUACUUGGCCCGGGGCCUGUGGGCAGCGCCUGGGCUAGAGCCACUUGAUAUCUCUUGCACCGUCCCUGUAGCACUGGAAGUCCAGUAGGCCUGGCCGGGGCCCUGAGGGGCGAGGGUGCCCGGGCUUCCCACACCUUCCGCGGCGACUGGAGGGAGCCGGGCCGAGGAAGCGACCGCGGGUCCGUGAUGGCUUCUUCGCGGUCUGUGUGUUCACGAGGGCGGGGCAGAGGCCUGCGAGGGUUCUCGUUUGCGCUUGCGGGUUAGGGCUGUGGUCCGGGGAACCCCUGGGCAGCGCGGGCAGCCCUGGCUCGCGGUUAAUCGGGGGGUGAGCGCGGAAGCCCCGCCGCAGGUCCAGCUGCUCGGCCGGGGCGAGACGGUGCGUUCGCGGCGUGUGCUUGCAGGAGCGCACAGUUCAGGCGCCGGGACAAGCUGUUGGGGUGUGAGUGAGCUCUCCAGAAUGGCACAUGGCUCCGGGGUGCCCGGGUCAAAAGGCAGGAUUUGCACACCUUCCACUUAGGGCUCGGGUAAUCGCAAACUUUCUCCCUUAAUUGGCUUGCAGUGCUAAAAAGCAGAUCGUUCUCUCUGAGGUUUUCCCAACAGUACCUCAAGAAAAAAACAUCUGUUUUUUGUAACGUUCCACGGUAUUCGGAAUUGGCUACAGAACAUAAUAAGGCUGGAGUGCUGUGGCAUGAUCACAGCUCGCUGCAGCGUCAAGCUCCCAGGCUCAAGCCAUUUGAAUUAGUCUGUUUUCACGCUGCUCUAAAGAAGUUAUAAACAAAAGAAGUUCAAUUGACUCACAGUUCCUCAUGGCUGGGGAGGCCUCGGGAAACUUAGAAUCCCUGUGGAAGGUGAAAGAUCCUUGCCAGCACAUUACAGAAUAUUUUUGUUGAACUUUCUUGAGAAUUCAGAGAAACUGCUGAGUGACCACUGAACGAAAAGAUCUAAUCUUAAGGCUUACGCCUCACUUUGAUGCCCAGGCUGGAGUGCUGUGGCUCAAUCACAGCUCAUCGCAACCUCGACCUCUCGGGCUCAAGUGAUCCUCUCACCUCAGCGUCCCGAACAGGCGUGUUCCAUCCACCACAUCAGAACAAUGUCGUAUGUUUUUGUAAAUGAUUCUUCUCAGACUAACGUGCCCUUGCUACAAGCCUGUAUUGAUGGGGACUUUAAUUAUUCCAAACGGCUUUUGGAAAGUGGCUUUGACCCAAAUAUUCGUGACAGCAGGGGCAGAACAGGCCUUCACCUUGCAGCAGCUCGAGGGAAUGUAGACAUCUGCCAGUUACUGCAUAAAUUCGGUGCCGAUCUUCUGGCGACAGAUUAUCAAGGAAACACAGCUCUUCACCUCUGUGGCCAUGUGGAUACGAUCCAAUUUUUGGUUUCCAAUGGACUCAAAAUUGAUAUUUGCAAUCAUCAAGGUGCUACCCCUUUAGUUCUGGCAAAGCGCAGAGGAGUAAAUAAAGAUGUCAUCCGAUUGCUGGAAUCUUUGGAAGAACAGGAGGUGAAAGGAUUUAACAGAGGAACCCACUCGAAACUGGAGACCAUGCAAACAGCUGAGAGUGAAAGUGCCAUGGAAAGCCAUUCACUCCUCAAUCCCAACCUGCAGCAAGGUGAAGGAGUCCUUUCCAGCUUCCGAACCACGUGGCAGGAGUUUGUGGAGGAUCUGGGCUUCUGGAGAGUAUUGUUGUUGAUCUUCGUCAUUGCUUUGCUGUCUCUUGGCAUUGCUUAUUAUGUGAGUGGGGUGCUACCCUUCGUGGAAAACCAGCCUGAACUGGUGCAUUAAAGGAGCUCAUGGAAGAUGAGGCAAUUAAUUGCCUGUUUCCUGGCUUCCAAUGUUUGUUCUCAGUUUCUCAGAAUUUUUCUUAGCGCAAAGCAGUGAGGGUGGUACAUGUUUCUUUUUGCAUUUUUAAUUAUUGUAAUCCUUUUAGAUAACGAUGUGUUCAUUUGAACUAACUACAUACUAUGAUCAAGUAUAUUGCAUCCUAACGCUACCUCUGACUCAACCUGACUUUGUAGGAAAGCCUACACGUAGCCUUGUUUGAUAAAAACACGGAAGUGACUAGAGAAUGGAAGAUAAAGGAAGAAGCUAGGAAGUCCUUGCUAUCAAAACCUUAUCCUAAUAUAGGACCAAUUGAAGUAUUCAAAAAGAAAAACAGUAUCUUAUAUGAUUAGUUUUUGUUGGUGGUUUUGUUUUCAUUUAUUUUUGCAAGAGCCACUUUUUAUUUACUUUCUCUAGGGAUAAGAGAUAAAACUUGAAGUACUUUUUUCAAAUCUUGUGUGCAAAUUAGUAUUGUUAGCAUCUAUUUGGCUUAUUUUAGUAUUUUUAAGUCUAGUCACAAACCAAACAAAACUUCUGAAAAUGAGCUAUAUUUUGUUCAAAGAUAAUUGAUUUGAUCUUAUAUUUAUUUGUUUUUAGGAUAAUUUUUGAUCUUUUUGUAAACUGCUUUGCUUGUUAAUAUCUGUGAAAAAUAAAUGAGUUCAUUUUGUUCACUUUCCAAUUUUCCCUAGUAUCCUAGUCAUCAAAGAUAACAGUUCAUCAGAAUUACAGUCAGAAAAUCCUUUUUCUACUGAAUAGUUAGCAGGGAAAAAUAAUUCUGAUAUUUAACUGUCAUAAUUCUGUAGUGCUAUUAUAGUGAAAAACUCAGUUCUAUAAGCUAGCUGUGUUGUCACAGUUUUAUCAUAGUUCAUAAUUAUUUCAUGUGCAAUCCUAUUUGGAGGCCCUGUUAGACUUUUAACAAUCCCAUCCAUAUCUGUAAUUCUCUGAUGGCAAGAAUGGAUGGAGCAUUUCUGAGUUAACAGUGCUGAACAGUAUCGUACUGGGUGUCAUAAACUCUUUAUGAAUGGUAAUAUUAUGUAAAUUGAAAUCUGGCCCUCAAACUAUAUUGCAGCUUUCAGCAGUAUGUUUGAAGGCCUCUUUUGUUAAUGAUUCUGUAAUGUAUGAAUUAUGUUCUUGAGUGGUUAAAAAAGAAUAUGAAGGCUUGAUAAUUAUUCAUUGGGUAAAGUCAGGAAAUUGUAGUGAAAGAACUAAUGGUUUUGUUUUUUGGAAUAAAGGCACCUAAGCUAUUGCUAAUUGAAUUGCUGCUAGAAUUAGAAAUUAUGCUUUAGAAUAGAAUUGGUAUUUCUGUGAUUCUUUUUGCUUCUUGGUAUUUUCUCUUGUAUCUAUGUAUCUAGUAUUGAGGCUUGCUCUUUCAUGUGGCUUUAUCCUCUCUUUAAUAGCUGUUGUAAAAUUCCUGAGUAACUGGCUGCUUCAGGAUCAGCUUGCAGAGUCUUGCUUUUAGGUUAGAUACAAACAAAGUAAAUCGUAGUUGGUAUAAAUCCAGCAAAAAACAGCUGGCUUUAGAAUGGAGAACACUACAAUUCAAAUUUGAAGUAUAUUCAGAAGAAAACUUUGGAAUUAGCUUUACAUUUGUUUGUAAAUCUAAACAAAUAUGCAAAAAUUGGUCAAAAUGUAAGUAUAUAGCAUUUUUAAAGAUUAAUGGUUCCUUUUAUGUGCUGAUUUCUUUGUAUUCUGUUCUCUGCAUUCAUCAUUCAGGAAUACCACCAAUAAAUGUGUUUAUAUAUCCCUUAA